AUGCCAUACCUAGGUAUGCAAGGCAAUACCUUGCUGGCAGCAAUUACUUGCACGUCUGGCAUGGGCUUCAUACUAUUCGGCUACGAUGAUGGGGUGAUGGGUGGCGUUCUCACAGCGCCAUCAUUUGAGAGUCAAUUCAACAUGGGCUCGACGAUGCAAGGCACUGUUACCUCAAUUUUCCUGGUCGGUGCCUUCUUCGGAUGUAUGGCCUCAGCUCUCCUGAAUGGAAAAUGGGGAAGAAAGACAGUGUCGCACGCUGGAUCUCUUGUGCUUAGCCUAGGUGCUGUGCUUCAGUCAUCGAGCUACAGUGUAGCGCAGCUUCUAGUCGGCAGGAUUGUCGCAGGUGUGGGCUUGGGUCUGAUUGUCUCCAAUAUCAUAAUGUGGCAGACCGAGCUCAGUCCAGGCCAUCUCCGCGGUCUUCUUGUUGCAUCAGCUCUCAGCUUUCUCAUUCUCGGACAACUAAUUGCAUACUGGCUGGAGUAUGGAAUUAGCGACGUACCUAGCAGCUUUUCAUGGCGCUUUCCAAUGGCUUUCCAGGCUGCCUUGGGUAUCGCUACCAGCGUGAUGCUACUUUUCGUUCCCGAGAGCCCACGAUAUCUGUAUCAAAAAGAGCUUCAUCAUGAAGCAAAGGAGGUCUUGACUCUAUUGAACACUCACCGCGAUGGCGUCAAUGAAGAGGCAUUACGACAUACCAUCACAGAGAUCACGGAAGCCAUUGCGAUUGAGUUAAGUCAAGCUACCUGGAGCGAUCUGCUGAAGGAUGACAAUGUUCGGUCCCGGCGGCGAGUAGCUCUUGCUUGCAUUUUAAAUGCUUGUCAAGCUUGGUCUGGUAGCACACCGAUUAGCUAUUACACCACUUACAUCUUCGAAAACUCAGUCGGCUUGUCGUACCACACAUCACUUCUAUUGUCUGGUAUCCUGCAAGUCUGGUUUCUGGUAGCUUCUUUCGGCACUUGGUAUACCAUCGAAAAGCUUGGACGUCGCAUCUCCUUUAUGGUCACGGCUGUUGGAAUGACAUGCUGUAUGGCCGUGCUUGCCGCAAUGAUUGCUAUCGACACCAAGAAGUCUGGAAUCGCUGGAUCUGCUAUGAUCUUCCUUUACCAAGCAUUUUACACAUGGGGUUUUAUGGGCGGAAUCUGGGUCUACGGUCCAGAGAUCAUGCCGUUGACACAUCGUGCGAAAGGCGAAGGUCUGGCGACAGCUUCUCUCUGGCUAAGCGCAUUCGUCGUGACCAAAAUCGUCCCAACAGCCAUCACAAAUAUCGGCUGGCGCGUCUACAUCAUCUUCGCCUGCUUCAAUCUUGCCUUUGUUCCAUUCGUGUACUUCUUCCUCCCCGAGACUGCCGGUCUGACAUUGGAGUCAAUCGACCUCUGCUUCAUGGACCGAUCUACUUCGCCUGUGAAGAAGGCGAACGAGAUGAGGAAGCAGUUGCGGAGCGGUGUGGCUGCCGUACUUGAACAUGGAAUUGAGGCAGGGAAAGAGAAAGAGAAGGAGAAGGAUGUUGUGCAUGUGGAGUGUUCUGCGAAAGACUAA